GACACUUGAAUCAGAAUGAAGUCAGUAGAAUUAUUUUUAGUCCUAAUUGGAUUUGUUGGUUAUGUAGCUUCUCAAGCUACAAGUACCAGUGAUUAUUGUGAUCCAAGUCUUUGUUAUGGUUCUCCACAUACUGGGUGCAAUAAUACAAUGGAAUUCGCAGCCGACUGCGUAGAACCUGAGAUAGUACCCAUGGAUGAAGCACAUAAAAAGGCCAUUGUUGACAUGCACAAUACUUAUAGAAACUCAAUAGCCAGUGGCAAUAUGACAGGUUUUAAUCCAUGCCCCAGAAUGGCCACAAUGCAAUGGAAUGAGGAAUUAGCUUUUUUAGCUAUGUACAAUACAAGGACUUGCGUAUAUGCCCAUGACCAAUGUCACAAUACUAAGCAAUUCCCUUCAGCUGGUCAAAAUAUUGGUAUGAACAUGCAGAGUACAAAACACACAGAUUCAAACAUUAAUCUGUCUAAGAGUGUUGUUACUACUUGCUGGAAUGAAUAUAAGGAUGCAUCAAUGAAGGACAUUAAUAGUUAUCCUCCAAAUCCACCAAAAGUUGUUGGUCACUUUACACAAAUGUGUAUUGAAAAGAGUAAUGGAGUUGGUUGUCAUGCUGUCAAGUUCAGAAAUACAAAUUACAACAACAUGUAUACGUAUUAUCUUGUAUGUAAUUAUGCUAAGAUAUUUGAAUACUAUGGUCAAAUUUAUUCAUCUGGACCAACUGCUUCCAAGUGUAAAACAGGCACAAAUCCAAAUUACAAAGGAUUGUGUUCGGUUAACGAAGUUUAUGAAAAAUGAAUUUUUCGAGAAAA